GUGGCGGCGUGGUGUAAAUUGAAAAUGUCUGACCACGAAAGGGAAGUUUCGAAAGUAAAUAUAGAAAAAAAAGAAGAAAAAUCAAAUAAUGAUACGAGCGAAGAACAAAAUAGUAAAGAGAACGAGUCUGUGAGCAGAACGGUUCUAGAAGAAAUUCAAAAUAUGGCUCAAGAUAGUAUAAACUUCAUUCAAUCUAUACAAAUACAGCAAUUGCCUGAUGAUCCUUCUACUAGGCAAGAAAGUUCUAAAUAUAUUCCUGGACCUUUACAACCAAGUGGAAUAGCAUGGCGAGAAAUUCAACAUCAUUUAGAAGAACUUAUUUUACAGCUAGAUGAUGAUUCUUCUGGUGAAAAGUCUGGAGGAUUUGAAUUACGACAAUUAGAUGAAAUCGGAAAAAUGGCAGUAAUUUCUCAUACGUUAGCAGCUUACGUUUCUACCUUAGAGCCUUGGAAAUUAAGACGGUUGGCAACAAGAAUAGUGUCCGAUACCACUUUGUGGAUUUCACGAUUAUUCAGAUUUUUUGAUACUUCUGCUUAUUUUCACGAUGAAAGUAAAGAAGGUCUUAUAAGGGUAUGCAGGAUGAUUCUUCAUACAAGAUAUCCUAAAUAUAUGUCCGAGGGCUCCGAAGCUUUGUAUGCAAGACCGCCCGUCAUAUAUGUCAGUGCUGCAGCUCGACCUGGAUUAGGGCAAUAUAUUUGUACACAGUUAGGACUUCCACUUGGCUGCUUAGCUACUGUUCCAUGCAAUACAGUAUUUGGAUCCCAGUACAAAAUGGAUAUAGCAGCUUUGGAGAAAUUAAUCCAAGAAGAUGUGGCAGCAGCAAGAAAGCCACUUUUAAUGGUUGCAAAUGCCGGAUCUCCUGCCGUUGGCCAUGUCGAUAACUUACCUAGGCUUCAAGAACUCUGUAAACUGCACGAUAUUUGGUUGCAUAUCGAAGGGCACAGUAUCGCGGGUCUUUGUUUAGUAUCAGUUCCAAGUCUCCCAGCUAGAAUUGGUGACAGCAUGACUCUGCCAAUUGGAUCUUGGUUUGGAGUGCCUUCGCUUCCUUGUGUUACUUUAUAUAAAGCGGGAGAACCGGCAUGGGUACACGCAGCAGGUUUAAGUUCUUUCAAUUUGAAUGUCAGACUUAAUUGCUUGCCGAUUUGGGUCAUUCUCCAAUCACUUGGUCACGAAGGAGCUAUGCAAAGAAUUAAAUUCUGUUUUGAACUGAGUGAUUAUUUAUUGGAAAAGUUGGAAGAAAUGCCUCACAUACGAAUUAUUGCAAAAGAAAGAAUGAAAUCCAACGAAGGAAAAACUUAUUCGAUAACUGACGUCAUUAGCAAAUCCAUCAGCACGACUCUGUUGUUUGAUAUUCUUGCUCCCGUUGUGGUGUUUCAAUACAUUGCCGAAAAUCGUAACCAAAAAAGUGCUGAGAAGGAAUUAACGGAAGAAUUUCCGGCCAAAAAUCCUGCAUAUUUUGAUAAUUUAAAUUCUUGGUUAGGACAAGUUUUACGGCGCGACGUGCCCACUGUCAAAUUGGACAUAAUUGAUCUGGAACAACACGGCAUAUGCAUUCGAAUCUGUCCUUUAGAAUCUUCUCACAUCACGAGUAUGACAAAAGAAGAUGUAGAUGAGUUCCAUAACUGUCUACAGCAGCAGUUGGAAAUUCUAAACGCAACUGUUCGACAAAAGGAAACGUUCCGGAAUUUGGUCGAGAAUCAAAAGAAUCUGCAGAUAGUUGAAAUAUCUAACUGGGCCGGUCUGGGUGGUGUCAGGUACAUCCCCGAUAGUUUAGUCGAUAAAUUGAAUCAACUUACUGAGGAAGACAAAGAUGAUAUCAACAAAUUGAAUUCAGAAGUGGUUGUCAAACUCAAAGCAACUGACUCUGCAUUUUCUUUAGGAGAAGGAGAUGAUACAAUGUUGUGCGUGAGAUUUGGCAUGGUUACCGACGAUUUAGAUAUGGAAGAAUUAGUCAAUCUUGUCUUAACUUCUGGUCAAGAAUUAGAAGAGUCUUCUAAGUUUAUAGAAACAAUGUCGGAAAUGGUGAGGCAGGGAAUUGAAGAGGCCAACAAGGAAUUAGAACAAGAAAACAUUGAAAGAAUCAUGCAAGAGGGCGUAAUACGUCACGUGCCCAUUGUUGGUUCUCUGGUAAACUGGUGGUCACCCGUAUCUAAAGAAACGGGAAUCAAAGGACGUAGUUUCAAUUUAACUUCGGGUAUUGUCGAAAGUACUGAAAACAUCUACAAAUAUCACAUGCAAAUACAGCAGGGAAGUAACUCUCCCAGAACUCCGCCGCCUUCCACGAAAUCGGUAGUGGGUUCUAAAUUAGAACGGAACAGUCAGCAACACAGCAGAUCUUCCUCUCACAGUUCACAGAGUGCAUCUAUGCAUAAUGGUAAUGAAAUCAAAUCCAACAUCACUCAGGAGGUUCCGGUGAUGAACAGUUCAGAAACAUCCGCAGCCAAGUAAAGUCGGGAUAAUAAAAUUGGCAGGACCAAUUCGGGUACACCGUCCAGUGGUGCACGAUUACAGUCGGGGAUUACGACAUGUAUUUAUGGGCAAGUUUAUUUUUAACAUACGGCGUAGAAGAAUCAGUAGCAUUUGCAUAUUUAUCACCGGUCAUUUUUUAACAUUUGCAUUUUUCUAAUUUAAUUAUGUUUCAUAAAUGUUGCAAUUUUACUAUAUUUAAUGUUUAAUUAUGUUUAUUUUAAGGCCCAAAAUUAUCAUGCCAGUAUAAUUAACCAAAAAAAAAAAAAUUAGAUUUUUACAGGAAACGGACCUUAAAAAUUUUUAAAUUUCUUUUUUAAAGCUGUACUUAGUACACUAAACAAGAGAGAAUGCAGAUGAAGAAAAUAAAAACAAACUAGUCAUGAAAUGAAAAUUUUGUGAUAAAAUGUAAUAUAUAUAUAUAUAUAAAUAUACAGUAUAUAUAUAUUGUAAAGAUUUAUGUAUUGUACACAAAAUAAAAUUAAAUGCCUUGAUAUUUAAAUGUUACAUUGGUUAAUCUAUUGAAGUUGGGUCCUAAUUCCCAUAAGUUUUCAUGGAUGAUACAAAUUGAGGUGUUGUUUCCUGUCCCUCACCUCUGCCAGUGUCGGGGCCGGAAAUGGUACCACACCAUUGCCAAUACACACCGGUUCAAAACAAUCUGACUUAAUGGAUACUUGUGUGUUAACAAGAAGCUUUGCAGUGAGCAUAACUGGCAAAAUCUCACAUUCUGUAUUUUUAUUUGGGCAAAAAAAAUACAAUAUACAUAACUUAAAUAUGCUAAAUAACAAACUGUAAGAGUGUGCACAGGUGGUGAACCGUGUAGUUGACUUUCUCACUUCUAGAUGCAAACAAAAAAAAAGCAUCACAAAUUUUAUAUUCUCUGUUUAUUUUUGGCUUCUAAACCAUCAUUUCUACUUACAUGCUCGAGUGUAAUAUUUGUCCACAAUCCCCCACGUGUGCAUUGGUCUAACUACUUCCUGCGAAUAAAAAUUACACAAUACAUCAGAGUGCCAAGACCAAAAUAAUAGAAUUUAUAUCCCCCAAAAUGACUCAUUGUUUACUAAACAUUUGGGAUCCACACAUCAGAAGUCGUUCCAAAUUAAUAGAAAUCCAAUUUGUAUCUACAAUUCUGAAAAGCAAUAAGUAUUUAGAAUGAUUUCUGAGGGAAAUUUUCACGGGUGCCAUUCCCAGUGCUUUGCCGAGCGGAGCCAAAAUAAAUUUGAAAUAAUACUCAACUUUUUGACAAAAUUUAGAAUAUUUUCCAGGCCGACCCAUCGAGGGAAGACCAACGGAACCAUUUGCCAUCACAUCUAUGGGGCUUACAUGCAAAGAAAAAUAGUAUUGGCGCCCAGAGUGCAGAAGAAACUGCCUUCGGUUUGACAAUAUACAUAGUCAAAUUUGCUUAAUUGGAAUGCGACUAAUUCGUUCCGAUUAAUAAGGGCCAUCCCAGUAAAGCAAAUAAACAAAAUCUAA